CCCUGUUUCUCUCCCUGUCAAUCCACAGAACAAAACAAAACAAAGCCAUGAACAAAAACAGUUCACGUCCUCUUUCCCUUCUCCCUUUUCUCUUUUUAUUUGACCUCCGGUUAAUCUCAGCCCUUAAUCUCAACUCAAUUUCAUCCGUCGAUUUCAUCCCCAGCCCCAGCCCCAGCCCCGGUUACCAACCCCUAGCCAAUGGCUCAGAUUUCAUCCGCUCCAGCUGCAACUCCACUCUCUACCCCGACCUCUGCUACGCCUCCUUGGAAGCAUACUCCAGUUCCGUCCACGAGGACCCAGCGCUAUUGGCGAGCGUUGCCAUUGGCGUCAGCUUGAAGAAGGCGAAAACGAUAGCGUCCUACUUGGUCAACCUCAGCCACGAGGGCGACUUCCACUCAGACCCCAGAGCGUCAUCGGCGCUGCACGACUGUCUAUCAAACUUUGGUGACGCCGUGGACGAGAUCCAAGGGUCGCUGAAACAGAUGCGCGACCUGGGCGCAGCGGGGAGUUCCAAGGAGAACCUCCGGUUCCUGUUGAGUAAUGUGCAGACGUGGAUGAGCGCAGCGUUGACGGACCAGCAGACUUGUGCCGACGGUUUCGAUGACGUGGCGGACGGGCCGCUGAAGGAGGAUGUUAUCGAUAGGGCUGCGUGUGUGAAGAAAUUGACGAGCAAUGCACUUGCUUUGGUUAAUAGUUACGUUGAGAAAGCAACAAGUUGAUGAGACGUUGGAGAGUUAAAAUUAUAACAUUUAUAAUUAUGAUUGAUAAUAAUUACUCAUAAAGAACGAAAAACAAUAAAUGAGUUUAUAAAUUACGUGCUUUCCUUCGCUACAAAAA